UGCAGCACCCAGAAGUGAACAGUAGGCGACCCGGAAGGUCUGAACUCCGACUGAACGCGAGCUGAAAGAAGAUCUUUACCUUUUUUUUUUAUAUAAUAAAACUACACUGAAGCAGGAUCGAGCCAGUGGGCAUGGCCGAGCCACGGUUUAAUAACCCGUACUUCUGGCCUCCGCCUCCUGCGAUGCCUAGCCAGCUGGACAACCUCGUUCUAAUUAACAAGAUCAAGGAGCAGCUGAUGGCUGAGAAAAUCAGACCUCCACACCUGCCCCCUACUUCAGUCCAAUCCCAGCAGCCCUUGCUGGUUCCUCCGACGCCUGUAGAAGGUGGGACUCACAGCAUGGCCGUAUCCAAGCUUCAGCAGAUGCCCGGCCUUCCUCCUCAUAGCCCAACACAGCCUGAUGUGGCCCUGCACGCCCGACCCGCGUCCAGCUCCGUAGCAGGACGCAUUCUCGGUGACGUGAACUUGAACCUGGAUGAUAAGGCAGCCUUAAAAGCGAGAGGACUUUGGGAAGACUGGCAUUUACGACAGAUUAUAGACCAACCUUCAAGAGCGAACCAUCUGUCAGGUAUAGCACUGUCAUCUCGCAACCAGAACACGACUGAGGCUAUGACACCCACAUCCUCUAGCAGCAGCCACGUACGCCAUGGAUCAGCACCUUCUGCAAACCUCCUCUCAGGGUUGGCCGGCACUGUCGGAGCAGAGCCAAUGAAAAACAGUGGGGGGCUCGCGGGACUGCUGGGACCGCCCCCGAAAAGCGGAGGACGAGGACGCAAGAAGAUCAAAGCAGAAAAUUCGUCGGGUCAUCUCCUGGUCGUACCCUACCCCAUCCUGGCGUCAGGAGCUGACCAGUCGUCUGUAACAAUCGCAGCCAAAGAGGGCAAAUCAUACAGGUGUAAAGUGUGUCCGCUGACUUUUUACUCCAAGUCAGACAUGCAGAUUCACUCCAAAUCCCACACGGAGGCCAAGCCGCACAAAUGUCCUCACUGCACCAAGUCGUUCGCCAACGCCUCCUACCUGGCGCAGCAUUUACGCAUCCAUCUGGGGGUGAAGCCUUAUCACUGCUCAUACUGCGAGAAAUCCUUCCGCCAACUGUCACAUCUACAGCAACACACCAGAAUCCACACGGGCGAUCGGCCGUAUAAAUGUAUCCAGCCGGGCUGCGAUAAAGCUUUCACACAACUCUCCAAUCUGCAGUCUCACCAGAGGUCACACAAUAAAGACAAGCCUUACAAAUGCUCUAACUGCUACCGCGCCUACUCCGACUCGGCCUCUCUGCAGAUCCAUUUAGCCGCUCAUGCUAUCAAGAACGCCAAGGCCUACUGCUGUAGCAUGUGCGGUCGCGCCUACACCUCCGAGACGUAUCUAAUGAAGCACAUGUCUAAACACACAGUAGUGGAGCACCUGGUGACGCAGCACUCGCCGCCACGGAACGAGUCUCCCAGCAUCCCCAUCCGCAUCUCCCUCAUCUGAACCCGGUCAGUUCCUCCUCCUCGGAUCACCGCGUCCUGGUGGCGUGUUCGUUUGUUCGCUUCAUCGUUCCUUGGGUUCUGGGAUUACGUACUAAAAUGUGUUAACACCUCAUGCUGAAGGAGUUGUUUUUAUUCGCACUAUCGCUCGCUCUCCCUCUACCUCGGCGUGGAGUCUUCGAGAGUCGGUUGAGGAAAUAGUAAGGACAUCCAAAGACAGUUUUUGCAGCACUUUCAGGCCUUGAGGCUAAAGGGGAAAAAAAAAAAAAAAAAAAAAAUUCAGUCUAAUUGUUGGACAGUAAAAAGGCUAUAGUUCUUGGCAGCUAUUUUUUUUUUUUAUUUUAUUUUUUUUUAAUUUUGACAUUAGAUGUUAUGCAGUUAAAAAACUGUCUUGUUUACAUCCGGUGGUUAUAAACUCGUAUGCUGAGAUCUUUUAGAGCACGGACCAAGUCCAACAUUGUAUUCUGAAAAUUUCCUAACUUAGAUUGAAAGUCAUUCCUUUUUUAAAUACUGUAUUUUUUUUUUUUUGCGCUUAUUCUUAUCGAGCUACAGCCCUAUCUAAAGGUUGUAGAAUUAAAUGAAUAAAAAAAAAAAAAAAGACGUGCCAAAAACACAAACAAAAAAAAAAAAACAGAUGCUGGUCUCUCAACUCCGGUGUACAUAAUCACUCAAGCCCACUGCCGCUGGUGUAUAAAGUUAAUCACGGGGUUGGAUUUUAGUCUCCGCCGCAUUCGUCCGCUUUUCCACAGCACCGUGCAAACGUCUCAGCGCGGCUCUUUAUCUGGACACGAACACUACAGGACAUCAGAGGACGGCAGGACACACGGAGAGUCCAGUGUUUCACAGGAUUUCCCUCAAUCUGCCUGCUCCAGAGUGUUUUAUUUCUCUGAUACCGCUGCGGUUUUACUAGAAAACAAGUGUCCCUUUAAAAUAAUAAUAAUAAUAAUAAUAAUAAUAAUAAUAAUAAAAGAUUAAAGAACAAAUUUAUCCAUUUUAACAUUGUGGAAGGGCUACAAAACGUAGACGAGACGGAAAAGAGGAUCUCUUCGAGGCUGGAGUGUGUUAGAUCACAACACACUGGUGAAAUGGCACUAUUAGUAAUUUAUUUAAAAAAUAAUAAUAAAAGUCUUGCGUAGACGCUUAUUAUAAACCCUGGCGUGCCUCGAAGAGAGUCGGAAACCCGCGUCAAUUCGACCCGUAAACAUUUUCCCCAACUUUAUUUUAAACUCGCGCUCAGAAAACGUCCGUAAGAGAAACUACGGGAGAAAGAAAAAAAAAACUUUUAUUUAAAGUCUCGUCCCCCAUUUUAAAGCCAUCAACAAUCCUCCUUCCCAGAUAAAAAGCUUUAAACACAUUCUGCUCAGGUGGGCUGAAACGUUUGCACGGUUCUCUACGGUUCUCGUCAGCGUCUCACAUCAGAGUGUGUACAUACGUUUAUGUUUAAAGUGCGUCUAACUUCACGUAUUAUCACGUCUAAGUAUUAAUGAUAUUAUUUUCUAUACAGUCAAGCCUUAAAUAUUUUAUCACUAAUAGUUUCGUAUCCACAUCUACCAUAUUGGUGUUCUCAUUUUAUUCAGUACUGUACGCCUUUUUUUUUUAAAUCUCCUAGCAUGAUUAUUCUGUAAAUAAUCUAUAAAAUACUUGUGUUAACCCUUUAUAUAUAUAUAUUAAAAAAAAAAUCUAGUUAUUACAAUUUUUUUUUAUUUGUCUUGCAUUGUGGUACUCUGAAAAGUUUCUUGGCUGCUAUAAUAUGCAAAGUCGAGACUUUAGAAUGGACUUAUAAGAAAAAUAAAUCUGAAAAAUCUGCAA